GUAACCGAAGAUUUGUGUCCUGUGAGGGUUUAGCCGGUGGUUUUUGUUUUUAAAGAGCGUUAGUUUGACCGCCCCGUCAAUGAAAUGGAGUUGUGUUAUCAGAUAGAGUUUGAAUCUACGGGUUCCGUAGAACUUUUAAUUAGUUUGUUUUGAUAUAACUAGCUAACCGACGAGCUAGUAAAGUUUCGCUAGCCAGCUAGCUAAUCCGCUUCAGCACAGCCAGCCAGCUCAGUUAAGUCAACCUGCUAAUACCUACCGAAACACCCGCUAGAAGUCUUGACGUAAGGGACAGACAGCAGGCUUCAAGGGAAGAGCAAUGUAUGAAAAUGUACCGACAGUGACUGCAGUCGAGCGCCAGCAGGUACUCCAGGCCUUGGAGAGGCUGCAGUCGAAGCUUGUGCAGCGUGAGGAAUGGACUCAUAGUGAUAGGCUGGGAGCACUGAAGGAGGCCCUGCAGAGCCCUCUGCUCGGCCGCAUACUGACCUUGCAGCACUCCGUCAAACAGCUCAAAGACCAGCUGAACUCUAUGCCACCUGAUGCGUCCAGCGAGUUCAGUUUCUCCAGGAAGGGCCAGCUGAUUGUGAGCGCUAGUCGUCCAGGGAGCAGUCUGAGUUCCGUAGCGUCCAAUGGCACCACAGUGUCCACUGUGUCGUCAGAGCAGCUACAACGGUGGCUCCAGGCAGCAGCUAAGGGGAGAAAGAUGGAGCAUGUGAACCUUUCCAGGCCUGUGUCUGGAGGCUUGGGCUUCAGUGUGGUGGGUCUGAGGCCUGAUGGAGUGGGCGCUCAUGGAGUCUUCAUCAAACAGGUGCAGCCCGGGAGCAUUGCAGCAAGAGAUGGCAGGUUGCAGGAGAAUGACCAGAUUCUGGCCAUCAAUGGGAUUGCUCUGGACCAGAGUGUAACCCAGCAACAGGCCCUUGCUCUGCUGCAACAACAGAAGGAUCGAGUGGAGCUAGUGGUGGUCAGAGACACUGCAGCCAAACUAGGCCUUCUCCCAUCUGGAUCUGUUCAUACGGAUAAGUGGGGACAUGUGGAGGAGAUUGAGCUGAUGAAUGAUGGCUCAGGCCUGGGUUUUGGGAUCGUGGGUGGCAAGACCACUGGAGUCAUUGUGCGUACUAUUGUACCAAACACCGUUGCUGAUAAGGAUGGGCGGCUCAGGACUGGUGACCACAUCCUGCGGAUUGGAGAGACACUUACGCGGGGGCUGUCCAGCGAGCAGGUGGUGCAGGUACUGCAGGCCUGUGGUAGUUGUGUGCGCAUGCUGAUUGCACGGGACCCCCUGGGUGAAGUGCAGCCUCCUGCGCCCCCCCCGCCCGCGCCAGCCACAGCACCCAUCACGUCCCUGCCUCCUCCACCUGCACGCAGAACCAGCAGAACGCUCAACCUGGAGGGCUACGAGAUUCAUGAAGUGUCUUUAAAGAAGAAGGAAGGCCAGAGUCUUGGCAUUUCUAUCAUUGGUUGUAACAAAUCAAACAGUGAGGACUCUGUGGGUGCUCAUGUGAAGAGUGUGGUCCCAGGCAGCGCUGCCGAGCAGAGCGGGAAUAUCAUGGUCCAUGACAGAAUAAUAGCGCUGAAUGGGGUAAGCCUUCAGGGCUUCACCAGCCAGGAGGUCUUGGAUGUGAUGAGACAGACAGGCCACAUUGUCCACCUCACUCUGGUGCGCAAGAUUACCACCUUCAAGAAAUCCACAAUGGAGAAAUCUCUGGAUAAAGUCCAGAGAGAAUCAUCCCGUGUGUCUCUGAGGAGGUCUGCAGAGAUCAAGGUGCGGGCAGAUGUUCAGACACCCUCUGUGAUGGAGCCAGUAGAGUCAGCUCUGACUGCGAUCAAACACAGUGGAAGAGUGCGAGAGCCGACCCCACUGACCGAAAUGGAGCUGCACAGCAAAUGGGAACAGGCUCUCGGGCCCCGCUAUGACGUUAUGGUUGUUGAACUAGACCCUGUCAUUGAGGAUGACGCAGAGCUGCAGAAAUACUCUAAGUUGCUCCCAAUUCACACCAUGCGUUUGGGAGUGGAGCUGGACUCAUUUGACGGGCACCACUACAUCUCCACGGUCGCCCCUGAGGGCCCUGUGGCUAAGCAUGGUUUACUGCGUCCAGAGGAUGAACUACUCGAGGUGAAUGGAGUGCAGUUGUAUGGGAAGAGCAGGCGGGAGGCAGUGGCCUUCUUGCGGGAGGUUCCACCUCCUUUCACUCUGGUGUGCUGUAGACACCUCACUGAGGAAGGUACAGAGUACCAGCCUGAUGCUGAAGAGUGGUGCUCCAGCAGCCCGACUGCCAGCCUACAGGAGCAGACACCAGUGAUCCAGCAAGAGGUUGCUGAGCAGAGGAAGGUUUCAGAACAGAGCCGUCCAGUGAGAGAGGAAGAGAGAAGGGAAAGUGGAGAUGAAGAGGACGAAGAUGGAGAGCUGGCUCUCUGGGCUCCAGAAGUGCAGGUUCUGGAGCUUGAGAAAGGAGACAGAGGCCUUGGCUUCAGUAUUCUAGAUUACCAGGACCCUCUGGACACUACACGUUCUGUGAUAGUUAUCCGCUCGCUGGUGGCAAAGGGGGUCGCGGAGAGCCACGGGGGCCUGCUACCUGGAGACCAGCUGGUCUUCGUCAACGACACCCACCUGGACACCUGCACUCUGGCCCAGGCCGUGGAGGUGCUCAAGGCAGCCCUGCCAGGCAAGGUCUAUCUGGGCAUCAGGAAACCUCUUGGGGCAGAGGAGAGGAGCAGUGUGGAGCAAAUCUCUCAGGAACAUCAGGAGGAGUUGGAGUCGCCUUCCACCCAUGCUCAGCUGCCUGUGCCCAAGGGCUUUGGGAAUGGCUCGAUACUUCUGGAAGACCUGGACGAUGAGCCCGAGCUGAUUCUGGACGAGAUGCCCCGCUAUGCUUCCCCUCUGAUCACCACUGAUCGCCUGCCAGGCCUGGAGAGGGAGAUGGCUGUGGAUGAAGAGAAGGAAGAAGAAAGGAAGGGACUGAGCUUGGACAGAGACAGUACAGUGUCCUACUCCAAGGAGUCACCUUCCAGGGAAGACCCAGCUGUAUCAAAGCCCCACCAAGCCCUUAGCUUGCAUGUCCUCCAACAGCAGGAAAAGGAUGAGGAUGCUCUGGUCCAAGAUGAAGAGGACUUUCUUGCAGAACUAGUGCUCAGCACCAAACCCCCUGAGCACCCGUUCAGCGAGGCGGCGAGGUCCUGGGUGGAGGUGGCAGAGAGUGACUCGGACUCCAGGAACGGAGGGUCUGAACUUACUCUGACGGACACAGACACAGAGUCUUCACAGCUGCCGUCCUCUGCCCGGAGAAAGAGGAGGAGUCAGGGUUUCCCUGUGACCAGAGAGGCACACGGUAAUCUGCCAGAGAGAGAGGAAGGAGAGGGAGAGGAAACGCCCAUCUUUAGUCACUGGGGUCCCCCACGCAGAGUGGAGGUGUGGCCAGAGCCAGGAGAGUCUCUGGGUAUCAGUAUUGUGGGAGGGAGGACGGUUAUAAAGCGUCUGAAGAACGGAGAGGAGCUGAAGGGCAUCUUCAUUAAACAAGUGCUGCCAGAAGGUCCGGCAGGACGUACACGCGAACUCAAAACCGGAGAUAAGAUCUUACAGGUGUCAGAAGUGGAUCUGCAGAAUGCCAGCCAUGAGGAGGCAGUGCAGGCCAUUAAAGCGGCUCCCAGUCCUGUGGUGUUCAUCGUGCAGAGUCUCUCCUCCACUCCUCGGCCUGUUUCAGUUACUGCAUCCAGUAUAAGGCAGCACAAAGCCAAAAGGAAAGGCAUGCCGAAAGCGGGACCGCGAGGUGCCCCUCCUCCUAUGCGUCUCCCUCCACCGUACAGGCCUCCAAGCUUGGUGCAGGACGAUGACCCUGAGCACACUACAGAAGGGAUCAGGCAAAAGUAUGGUGAGCUGGUGGGUGAUCUUCUGCUGGUGGAGCUGGAGAAGGAUGGCCAGGGUCUGGGUCUUAGCCUGGCUGGGAACAGGGACCGCUCCUGCAUCAACAUCUUUGUGGUGGGCAUCGCCCCCGGAGGACCAGCUGGCCGCGAUGGACGCAUCCGAAUCGGGGACGAGUUAUUGGAGAUCAACAACCAGGUGCUUUAUGGGAGGAGUCACCAAAAUGCCUCCGCCAUAAUAAAGAGCGCGGCAGCCAAAGUGAAGCUGGUGCUGCUCAGGAAUGAAGAUGCUAUCAGUCAAAUGGCAGUGGCCCCUUUACCCCCCCAGCCGUCGUUCUUCUCGCCCAGUGAGAGUCUUCCAGCACCUCCAGUACUCACAGAGGAGUGCCAGCUGCAAGAGAGAGCUGGGCUGGGACAGUGUCCUCCAGAGAUGCCCCUACCCCAGGAGCAGACAAGUGAGGUGACUGCAGUGAGCUCUGGGGUCCAGGAGAGCACGGAGAAGGAUCUGCAAGAGGGAGAGAGCGCCUCCAAGAAGCUGAAGUCAGAGGGAGGAGGAGGAGGACGAGAGACUGAGAGGGAGGAACUGUCCAUGCCAGAAGUGGAGAAGACUGCAGGUCUGAGGAUCUCCUGCAAGCCUCCUGGGGACUCAGUAGAUGCAGUAGUGCCCUUGCUUACAGUGUCUCCUGCCUGCACCAGCCCUGACCCUGGAUACACUAACAGAGACCCUGCUACGUGCCCCAUAGUGCCGGGGCAGGAGACGCUCAUCGAGAUCUCGAAGGGGCGCUCGGGAUUGGGCCUCAGCAUAGUUGGGGGCAAAGACACACAGCUGGAUGCUAUUGUGAUCCAUGAGGUGUAUGAGGAGGGAGCAGCUGCACGGGAUGGACGGCUGUGGGCAGGUGAUCAAAUCCUGGAGGUGAAUGGUGUGGACCUGCGCAGUGUUACUCACGAGGACGCCAUCGCAGCCCUGAGACAGACUCCUGCCAAAGUACGUCUGACGGUGUUGCGCGACGAAGCACAGUACCGCGAUGAGGAGAACCUGGACGUGUUCACUGUGGAACUACAGAGGAAGAGCGGCCGCGGCCUGGGCCUCAGCAUUGUGGGCAAAAGGAAUGGAACGGGCGUCUUCAUCUCAGAAGUGGUUAAGGGAGGUGCGGCUGAUGUGGAUGGAAGGCUGAUGCAGGGCGACCAGAUCCUGUCUGUGAACGGAGACGACAUGAGACAGGCGUCCCAGGAGACUGUUGCUGCCGUGCUCAAGUGUGCCAGAGGAAUGGUGCACUUGGAGUUGGGCCGGCUGAAAGCUGCCUCCUGGAUCUCCUCUAGACGCACCUCCCAGGGAAGCCAGAGUCAUGGAAGUCACAUGACCAAUAAUAACACUGCAGCACCCACCGCCCCUCCGCCCAGCACAGCCAGGAGACCUGCACAGCUAGAGACCAACAGCAAGAACUCUGGACCCGAAGCAGGUGUGCGUACGGUGGAGAUCACCCGGGGCCCCACUGACGCGCUGGGUAUCAGUAUAGCAGGGGGGCGGGGCAGCCCCCUGGGGGACAUCCCCAUCUUCAUUGCUAUGAUCCAGGCAAACGGAGUGGCUGCCAGGACCCACCGCCUCAAGGUAGGGGAUCGUAUUGUAAGCAUCAACUCCCACUCACUGGAAGGUUUAACCCAUGGGGAGGUGGUCAGUAUGUUGAAGAACGCCUAUGGCAGCAUUGUUCUGCAGGUGAUAGCAGACACUAACAUCAAUGCCAUAGCCAGUCAGGUAGAGAGCAUGUCUUCAAGCUCCACCCUCAGCACCAAUCCAGAGACGCAGACAACGGAGACGGAGACUCCCAAGCCAAAGAGCAUCACUCUGGAGAAGGGCUCUGAAGGCCUGGGCUUCAGUAUAGUUGGAGGUUUUGGAAGCCCCCACGGGGACCUCCCCAUCUAUGUCAAAACAGUCUUUAGCAAGGGUGCAGCAGCCGUGGACGGGCGUCUGAAACGUGGAGAUCAGAUCCUGUCUGUGAACGGGGAGAGUCUGGAGAGCGUGACACAUGAGCAGGCCGUAGCCAUCCUGAAGAAGCAGAGAGGGCUGGUUACGCUGGCCGUGCUCUCCUAACGUGCUCCAUACACGUACAUUCUCGGGGACUGCUUAGCAAGCAGGCACAAGAAACCGCACAUGGUGAUCACCCCCCACUGGUCGACAGGACAGAGCCCUGAACCCCGCUGCAGCGUCCACCCGCUAGCUGGUUUGGAACCCCCAUCUUCAUCCCCCACUGCAGUCAAAUAUCAAAUCAGCUACUGCAGAUGUGUUCAUGGAGACUCGCAGGUGGGCCCAGUGAAGGGAAGGAGACAGAGCAGAUAGAGAGACUGAGAGUCAGACGGCUGAGACACUGGUGAGACACUGCCGAGACGCUGCUUUCCUUAGCUGCUUUUUGAAACCUGACCCCUUUAAUGUGUGUGUGUGUGUGUGAGAGAGAUACAGUGUGCGCACUGGGUCCAUCAUAAAGCAGGAAGGGAUAUGAUUUAUGACCUUGGCUGUUUGUGUCCAAGGGUCCGUUUAAUAGUGUUUGUGUGAUGUGGUAUAUGAGUUGGAACAGAGGAGCUCCUGGUCCUGCAGCUGCUGAAGGAGACUGACAUCUUACAGACCUCUGCUAGUGUGAGAGGGAGGAGCUGAUUUAGAAGCUCCUAAUGCAGCUCUAGCGUAAAGGAGUCCACACAAAUAUACACACCACACACACACACACACACACACACACACACACACACACACACGCACGCACAAAUAUUAAUACCUUUAUUUUGGGCCUUUGAUCCCUAAACGUACACAAGCACACACGUUUGCACAUAUUCACUAGUGAACUAACAAUAGACUUUGUCACAUUGCUUACCUAGCCAUAGUCAGUAAUUACUGGUUCAUUUUCACAUUCACUUUAUGGCUUAGAAAACAAGGAUCGAUUGCAAUAAUGGAUAUAAUGUUGAAAUAUUCACUGUAAAUCAUAAAUGUUCUCAUUGGCCAGAUUUAGAUUGUGCUGCGAAUUGCAUUAGUUUUUUGUAAAGCUGCUGUAUUUAUGUCCUAUUAAUUUUUUUUGUAUGGUUCACCACUCUUAAACACUGUAAUCUAGUGUAGUAAUGCAGAGGAAUCUAAAGUGCAGCAGUCCUCUUUCAUAACUGAGUAAUCAUGUCUGUCAUUGCUGUCAAAUUCAAAAACUUGUAUGCAUUUAUGUGGACAAAAAUGUUUAAAAAACAUUUUUUAAACUAAAACGGUCUUUAAUUUCUAAUUUGCACAAAUUGUCAGUGUAAAUAUGUAAUUUAUUUCCUUAAUUUGAUUUAAUUUGGUAGGACUUUAAUUAAAUUCCCUCUAUAUGUUUUCACGAAGAUGCUUCCUUUAUCCUAGUUUUACACUGUGUUCCACAAUGUGAGGAAAUCCUGUGUCAGCUGGACUCCCUGUCUUUGAAAGGACGUUUGCCCAAUUCUUGUGGGACACUCUUAUAACCUCAAGGUCAAAGAAAUGCAAGAGGACACUUUCAGCAAUAUGUGCGUACUAAAGUAACCAGCUGAUGCGGUAGAGCCGUGACUACCAAAUCUAGCCCUUGAGGACAACCAAAAAGCACCUCACGUUUAAGUACCCCAACCUCACCUCUCCAGUCCCUCUGGGCUCAAGUCUUGUAGGGCUGUACGUUUGAGCUGCUGAGUUGGACCAGAUAUAUUAGAGCAGAAAAUUUUACAUUAUAAUGGGUUUUCCAAAAGCACCGUAUAACGAAGCUCACUGUAAUCGUAAGGGCAAGUGCCCCUCGGCCUGCUGUCUCUAGGUGAUCUGAACCUGUCUUAUGAUGCUCUGGCUCUCUGGGACUGGACCCAUCAUUUCAGCUUCCCUGUGCAGACUGUGUGACUCCUCCAUGUUGAGAUCCCUGCUGUCUGAUGUUCUGAUCUUUUCUUUUUUGCUGCUGUUGCUCUUUCUCUAAUUCUCAUGCUUGCUAUCCCUUCCUUCUGUGUUUCUCUUCCACCCUUAUUCACUCUCUGCUCCAGCUGUUUCUCUUCCACCCUUAUUCACUCUCUGCUCCAGCUGUUUCUCUUCCACCCUUAUUCACUCUCUGCUCCAGCUGUUUCUCUUCCACCCUUAUUCACUCUCUGCUCCAGCUGUUUCUCUUCCACCCUUAUUCACUCUCUGCUCCAGCUGUUUCACUUCCAGGAGAAACAGAAUGUGAUGGUUAUUUUUUAAAAUUGUGGCAAGUUGGGUUGCACAUGCACAAAAAUACUGAGGGGGUUCUUACAAAGAUGCAGGCCAACCUAAUAUGUGCUCAAACCACAAGUCUACUCUGGCAUUGGUCAAUCUCUGUGAAAAUGAUCAGUUCCAAAAUACACCAUGCCAAAAUCCGUAUAUUAGAUAAAUAAAAUUGAUAUCUAUGUUUA